CAGCAGAAGGUAGGUGUCUGGGUCCAAUACCCACUCGCUCAGGACACAGGAUGGCCGUCGCAUACUACUGCCUCUCCCUGUUUCUCCUAUCCACUUGGGUGGCUCUGCUGCUACAGCCCCUGCAGGGUGCCUGGGGAGUCCCACUGGAGCCAAUGUACCCGGGGGACUAUGCUACGCCUGAACAGAUGGCUCAAUACGAAACCCAGCUCCGCAGAUACAUCAACACACUGACCAGGCCUAGGUAUGGGAAGAGAGAUGAGGACACAGCUGGGCUCCCUGGAAGGCAGCUCCCGCCAUGCACCAGCCCUCUGGUGGGUUUGAUGCCCUGCUCUGCUGCCCGGAGCUGAAGGCAGGGAUCUCAGCCCAGUGGAUUUGUAGCCUCCCUCCUGUCUCUCUUCUGCCUGUGGCUGUAGGACGGUACAGGCCCAGCUCUUGCAACAACCUGCUCCCUUGCAAACUAAAUAAAGCAAAGAAAAAAUUAU